GUAAUCGGCUUCCUAAAACCCUAAAACAACAAAUCAUCCAUCCGCACACACUUCUCACACCACCUCAACUCGCACCUCAAUCCAUAAUCGAUCUCUUUCGAGCAAAGAUCUCGAUAACAUUCCACCGUUGUUACUAAUUCCGAUCAUCUCUCAAUUUCUCUUCAUUUCACACUGUUCGAUUCACGAGUUCAAUGGAGCCGUUAGCGUCGCUUGCAUCCACUGUCACAACUUCGUCUACGAAGAAGCAGAUUCAGAUCUUUUGUUCACAGAUUCCAUCUAUUAUACUUGAUUCAGAGAUGUCAUCUGAGUCUGCAUCACAGUUGGUGGAUUUAAUAUUCAUGACAUUAUAUAUUUACGACGAUCGAGGUUCAAGGAAAGCCGUGGAUGAUAUAAUUAUAAAAUCAUUAAGCCAGGUUAUAUUUAUGAAAACUUUUGCAGCAAAUCUCGUGCAGACCAUGGAAAAACAGUUGAAGCUUCAGUCUCACGUUGGCUGCUCUAGACUUAUGAAAUGGUCGACUCUGCUUCUUUGUAAAAGUCAGUUUAUUUCCGUAUCAAAAAAUGCCUUUAGCAGAGUUGCAGCAGCACAAGCUUCAUGUCUUCAAAUUAGCAUUCAAGCAUCUUCUCUAGAACGCAAGGCUUGCAGAAAAGCCUUUAUUCAUUCACUUUUAGAGUCACCCAGCAUUUUUAGUUUGUACAUGGAGGAACUAAAAGACGGAAAAAUCUCAUAUAAAAGUUGUCCAGAAAUGCUAUGUGUAAUGUUGGAUUAUUCAAGUUCAAAGGCAUCACUGUUUGAACAAUGGAAGCCGGUAUACCUCGAUAUGUACCUUCAAUCGGUUCUGAACGCGAAGGAUAAGCCAACCAAAUCUCUAAGUGAAGCUUUCCGUUCAUUAUAUCUUCAUUUAUCUCACGACGAUUUCAAGAACAUCAUAAUCCCGUCAUCUGUUAAAAUGCUCAAGAGGAAUCCCGAGCUUGUUUUGGAAUCCAUUGGGGUUCUUCUGCGACACGUUAACUUGGAUCUGAGCAAGUACGGUGUUGAGAUUUUGUCGGUUGUGUUAUCACAGGCCCGCCAUGCGGACGAACCAAGAAGAAUCGCUGCACUGGAUAUAGUCAAAUGUUUAAGUCAAAAGUCAAGUAAUCCUGAUGCUAUUGAGUCAAUGGUCAAUGUUGUUAAAGCUGUAAUCGGUGGUUCUGAAGGAAGACUAGCUUUUCCGUACCAAAGAGUUGGUAUGAUAAAUGCAUUGCAGGAAUUGUCUCAAUGUCCUGAAGGGAAAUAUCUUAGUAGCUUUUCUGUUACAGUAUGUGGUCUUCUUUUGACUAUUUACAAAGAUGAUGGUAAUGAAGAGGUGAAACUUGCAUGUUUAAGUGCUAUAGCUAGCUGGGUAGCAAGAUCUACAAAUGCGAUGGGGCCAGAACUUGUUUCGUUUUAUUCUUCAGGACUCAAGGAGAAGGAAUCACUAAGAAGAGGCCAUCUUCGAUCCCUUAGACACAUAUGCAAAAAUGCCGAUGCAGUUUUACCAAUAUCUUCUCUGCUCACGCCUCUUAUCCAGUUAGUAAAAACCGGUUUUACCAAAGCUGCACAACGGUUGGAUGGCAUUUACUCAUUACUUAUUGUGGUUAAAAUUGCAGCUGCCGAUAUUAGAGCAGAUGAAAACGUGUCAAAGGAAAAGAUCUGGUCUCUGAUUUCGCAGAAUGAACCUUCAGUUGUUCCUGUAGCUAUGGCUUCUAAACUAUCAGUGGAGGACUGUGAAGCAAGUAUUGAAUUACUUGAGUCGCUCUUUGUGGAUCAUCCUCACAGGGUUUUCGAGACUCUACAUGUGAAAUCUCUCAUGCAGCUUAUCAUUGUAUUUCUGUGCCAUUCAAAUUGGGAUAUACGCAAAGCAGCAUACGGUUGUACCAAGAAAGUUUUAUCUGCUGCUCCAAGAUUAUUCGAAAUUCUUCUAAUAGAAUAUUCAGAGUACCUCACGGUUGUUGGAGAAAAAGUUUUAGCAAAGUCAAGCGAGAUGGAAAAUUCACUGGACUCUUCGGGAGCUUUUGUUCCAUCUGUGGAGGUUUUAGUAAAGGCUUUAUUGGUAAUUUCAUCUGGUGUUUUGGCUGCUGCACCUAGUUCCUGUAUACGUCUUAUAUUCUGCUCGCAUCAUCCUUGUUUAGUUGGCACCGCAAAAAAAGAUACCGUUUGGAAGAGAUUGCAAAAGUGUUUGCGAGCUCUUGGUUUUGAUGUCAUUGGACAUAUAAUGACUGAUGUCGGUAACAUGUGUCAGAGUUUGCUUGGACCGAUGGGGUUGAUGAGCACUAGUCAUCUGGAACAAGAAGCCGCUAUAAACGCUUUGUCAUCUUUAAUGACUAUAACACCAGCAGAAACCUAUGUGGAAUUUGAUAAGUAUUUGAAAAGUUCUCCUGAUUGGGCCGCACACGAUUUGCUAUCACAAAAUGAUAUUCAGAUUUUCAAUACUCCUGAAGGGAUGCUAUCCACAGAGCAAGGAGUUUAUAUAGCGGAGUCUGUAGCUUCUAAUAACAUGAAACAGGCCAAAGGCCGUUUCAAGGCUUAUGACAACAAUGACAGCAUGGAAAAUGGGAAUUCGGUUUCUUCUGGAAGGCGAGACACCGGUGGUAAAGAGCGUGCAAGUGUAGGGAAGAAGGAUACGGGGAAAUUAGCGAAGAAGCCUGAUAAACAAAAGACAUCAAAGGAGGAGGCGCGUGAGAUUCAGCUUCGAGAGGAAGCUAACGUACGUGAGAAGGUCAUGAAUAUACAGAAGAAUCUUUCGUUGUUGCUGAAAGCUUUAGGGGAGAUGGCUAUAACUAAUCCUGUUUUCACACAUAGUGAAUUACCCUCCCUGGUCAAAUUUGUCAACCCGUUGCUUAAAUCAGCAAUUGUUAGUGAGGUGGCAUAUGAAACAAUGGUGAAGCUAUCAAAAUGCACGGCACAUCCAUUGUGCAAUUGGGGAUUCGACAUUGCUACUGCUUUAAGGCUAAUUGCAACUACCGAACCUCACGUUUCGUGGGACCAACUUUCCUCUCUUAGUGAGGGUGAUACUGGCAGGUCAUCAUUAAGUCUUUUUGAAAGAGUAAUGCAUGCGAUAUCUGUAUCUUGCAAAUCUGGCCCGCUUCCGGUGGAUUCUUUUAGUUUUGUUUUUCCGAUACUGGAGAGAAUACUAUCAUCUCCUAAGAAGACGCAACUUCAUGAUGAUGUACUUCGAGUACUUUUCCUACAUAUGGAUCCAGUCUUACCCCUCCCUAGACUUCAAAUGCUUUCAGUUCUAUAUCACGUGCUUGGUGCCAUUCCUUCAUAUCACGGAUCUGUUACUCCAGCAUUAAAUGAGUUGUGCCUUGGUUUGUCACCAGAAGACGUUGCACCUGCUUUAUCUGGUGUUUAUGCAAAAGAGGUUCAUGUGCGGUUAGCUUGCUUAAACGCUGCAAAAUGCAUUCCAGCUAUAUCCACCCGCUCUGUUCCCGAGGAUGUGGAUAUUGCCACCAGCAUUUGGAUAGCUCUACAUGAUCCUGAAAAGUCAGUGGCUGAGGUGGCAGAGGAUGUGUGGGACCGUUACGACCACGAAUUUGGGACCGAUUAUUCUGGACUCUUCAGGGCUCUGUCACAUGUUAAUUAUAAUGUUCGAAUGGCUGCUGCUGACGCACUAGCUGCUGUAUUAGAUGAGUACCCAGAUACAUUACAGGAAUCUUUAGCAACUUUAUUCUCUCUUUAUCGUGAUGGUGGUAUUGGUGAGGGAAACAUUGAUUCUGGUUGGAUAGGCAGACAAGGGACUGCAUUGGCUUUACAUGCUGCCGCUGAUGUACUUAGAACCAAAGACCUUCCAGCUGUCAUGACAUUCUUAAUAUCCCGAGCGCUGGCUGAUACCAACGCUGAUGUUCGAGGAAGAAUGAUCAAUGCCGGUAUCAUGAUUAUUGACAGACAUGGAAAGGAUAAUGUCUCAUUGUUAUUUCCUAUAUUCGAAAACUACUUAAACCGAAAGGCAUCAGACGAAGAAAAAUAUGAUUUGGUACGUGAAGGCGUGGUCAUAUUUACUGGAGCUUUAGCAAAACAUCUAUCACAGGAUGAUCCUAAAGUCCAUGCUGUUGUAGAGAAGUUGCUGGAGGUGCUAAACACUCCGUCAGAAGCUGUUCAGAGGGCAGUUUCAAGCUGUCUCUCUCCUCUGAUGAAAUCAAAACAAGAAGAUGCAAUGUCACUUGUUACGAGGCUAUUAGAUCAGCUGAUGAAGAGUGAGAAAUAUGGGGAACGUCGUGGAGCAGCUUUUGGCCUUGCUGGCGUUAUUAAAGGUUUUGGAAUUUCUAGUUUGAAAAAAUAUGGGGUUGCCACUGUGCUACGUGAAGGACUUGCAAAUAGGAAUUCUGCUAAAUGUCGCGAAGGAUCUUUGUUGGCAUUUGAAUGCCUUUGUGAAAAGCUUGGGAAAUUAUUUGAACCGUAUGUAAUAUAUUUGCUACCAUUGCUUCUGGUUUCAUUCUCUGAUCCAGUGAUUGCUGUUCGAGAAGCUGCUGAAGGUGCUGCUCGUGCUAUGAUGUCUCAACUCACUGCCCAGGGGGUUAAACUUGUCCUUCCAUCACUUCUAAAGGGUCUUGAAGAUAAAGCUUGGAGGACAAAGCAGAGUAGUGUUCAACUUCUUGGAUCUAUGGCGUAUUGUGCUCCACAACAACUUUCUCAAUGUCUACCUAGGAUUGUGCCAAAAUUGACCGAGGUGCUAACCGAUACUCAUCCAAAAGUACAAUCUGCUGGGCAGACAGCACUCCAGCAGGUUGGCAGUGUGAUAAAGAAUCCUGAAAUCGCUUCUCUGGUUCCAACUCUUUUAUUGGGUCUCACAGACCCUAAUGACCAUACAAAGUAUUCCCUCGAUAUUCUUCUUCAGACAACUUUCAUUAAUUCAAUUGAUGCUCCUUCACUUGCUCUUUUGGUACCAAUUGUUCACCGUGGAUUGAGAGAAAGAAGUGCAGAAACAAAAAAGAAGGCUGCACAAAUCGCCGGGAAUAUGUGUUCUCUUGUCACUGACCCCAAUGAUAUGCUUCCUUAUAUUGGAUUGCUCCUACCAGAAAUUAAAAAGGUGUUAGUGGAUCCAAUUCCUGAAGUUCGGUCUGUAGCAGCGAGAGCUGUUGGAUCUCUGAUAAGAGGAAUGGGUGAAGAGAAUUUCCCAGAUCUUGUUCCAUGGUUGCUAGAUACACUCAAGUCUGACGGUAGUAAUGUUGAACGCUCUGGUGCUGCUCAAGGGUUGAGUGAGGUUGUGGCUGCUCUUGGAACAGAGUAUUUUGAGAACCUUCUUCCUGACAUUAUACGUCAUUGCUCUCAUCCAAAGGCACCUGUGCGUGAUGGUUAUUUGACACUUUUCAAGUAUCUGCCUAGAUCAUUAGGUGUACAGUUCCAAAACUACUUGCCUCAAGUGCUACCAUCCAUCUUAGAUGGUCUUGCGGAUGAAAAUGAAUCUGUACGUGAGGCUGCACUUGGUGCAGGUCACAUACUUGUGGAACAUUACGCUAUUACGUCUCUGCCUUUACUUCUUCCAGCUGUAGAAGACGGUAUAUUCAAUGAUAAUUGGCGUAUCCGUCAAAGUUCUGUGGAACUUUUGGGUGAUCUCUUAUUUAAGGUUGCUGGUACUUCUGGAAAAGCACUUCUUGAGGGUGGCAGUGAUGAUGAAGGUGCAAGUACAGAAGCACAAGGGCGUGCUAUUAUCGAAGUACUUGGUAAAGAUAAACGUAAUGAAGUGCUUGCUGCUCUUUAUAUGGUCCGGACAGAUGUCAGCCUUUCAGUUCGCCAGGCUGCUUUACAUGUAUGGAAGACUAUCGUUGCAAAUACACCCAAAACAUUAAAGGAGAUAAUGCCAGUAUUGAUGAAUACCCUUAUCACUUCUCUUGCAUCACCAUCCUCCGAAAGGCGACAGGCUGCUGGACGAGCAUUGGGUGAGCUUGUUAGAAAGCUUGGGGAGAGAGUUCUUCCUAUGGUUAUUCCUAUUUUGUCUCGAGGCUUGAAGGACCCUGAUUCUAGCAGAAGACAAGGUGUCUGCACUGGUUUAAGUGAAGUGAUGGCUAGUGCUGGUAGAAGUCAGUUAUUAAGUUUCAUGGAUAUGCUUAUCCCCACCAUCCGUACAGCUCUAUGCGAUAGCGAGGUUGAGGUUCGUGAAUCUGCUGGGGUUGCAUUCAGUACUCUGUAUAAGAGUGCUGGAAUGCAAGCAAUUGACGAAAUUGUUCCAACUCUUCUCCAUGCUUUGGAAGAUGAUGCCAUGGCAGAUACUGCCCUUGAUGGUCUAAAACAAAUUUUGAGUGUCAGGACUGCAGCUGUGUUGCCUCAUAUACUGCCAAAGCUUGUUCAUCUCCCACUCUCUGCCUUUAAUGCGCAUGCUCUGGGAGCUGUUGCUGAGGUGGCAGGUGCUGGUUUAAAUGCUCAUCUGUCAACCGUUCUUCCUGCUUUGCUGUCUGCAAUGGGAGAUGAUGAUCAUGAGGAUGUCCAAAAUCUUGCAAAGAAGGCUGCAGAAACUGUGGUGUUGGUCAUUGACGAUGAAGGGGUUGAAUAUUUGAUAUCGGAGCUUCUUAAAGGAGUUGGGGAUAAUCAGGCUUCAACAAGGCGCAGUUCUGCAUAUUUAAUUGGUUAUUUCUUCAAAAACAGUAAAUUGUAUCUGGUGGAUGAGGCACCAAAUAUGAUGUCCACACUCAUCAUCUUACUGAGUGACUCCGAUUCUGCUACUGUAUCGGCUGCCUGGGAAGCACUUUCACGAGUUGUUGGUUCAGUCCCUAAAGAAAAUCUUCCGUCAUAUAUAAAAUUAGUCCGUGAUGCUGUUUCCACAUCUAGAGACAAGGAACGUAGAAAGAAGAAGGGUGGACCCAUUGUUAUACCUGGUUUUUGUCUCCCAAAAGCUCUUCAGCCAUUGCUUCCCAUCUUUCUUCAGGGCCUGAUAAGUGGGUCGGCAGAAUUAAGAGAACAGGCUGCGCAGGGUCUUGGAGAAUUAAUUGAAGUAACAAGCGAAAAAGCGCUCAAGGAGUUUGUUAUCCCUAUUACAGGGCCCUUGAUUCGAAUUAUAGGCGAUCGUUUCCCAUGGCAAGUGAAAAGCGCUAUUUUGUCAACUUUGACCAUCAUAAUCGGAAAAGGUGGAAUUGCUCUAAAACCUUUUCUUCCACAGCUACAGACCACCUUUGUCAAAUGCUUGCAAGAUAGCACAAGGACGGUCCGUUCAAGUGCCGCGUCCGCACUUGGGAAGCUUAGUGCGUUAAGUACCAGGGUUGAUCCUCUGGUUGGCGAUCUUCUAUCUAACUUGCAGGCUUCUGAAGGUGGGGUCCGUGAGGCAAUAUUGUCUGCUUUAAAAGGUGUUAUAAAGCAUGCUGGGAAGAGUGUUAGCGCUCCUGUAAAGACCCGUGUCUUUGAUUACUUAAAGGAGUUGAUAUAUAAUGAUGAUGACCAGAUACGAGGUUCUUCAGCAAGAAUUCUGGGCAUUCUAUCUGAGCAUUUGGACGAUGAACAAGUAUUUGAAUUACUUGAGGAACUUACGGAGAAUGCUUCAUCUUCUAGCUGGUUUGCUAGGCAUGGUGCACUCCUUACUAUCUCAUCAAUGCUAAGGCAUAUUCCUACGACGAUAUCCGCAUCUUCAUCACUCACAGUGGUUGCUGACUGCCUCAAAAAUAACUUGAAGGAUGAAAAGUUCCCUGUUCGUGAAACGUCAACUAAAGCAUUAGGAAGGCUUCUACUUCAUCAAGUUCAGCAGGACCCUUCAAAUACAAAUGCACACAAGAACACUAUUGUGUCCAUUGCAUCUGCCAUGCAGGAUGAUUCAAGUGAAGUCAGGAGAAGAGCGUUAUUUGCACUUAAAGCGGUUGCCAAAGAGAAUCCUACGCCACUAAUGCUCCAUGUUACGAUAUACGGUCCCGUGCUUGCUGAAUGUUUAAAAGAUGGAAGCACACCCGUGAGACUUGCAGCUGAAAGAUGUGCUCUGCAUGCUCUUCAGUUAACAAAGGGGACUGAAAACGUUCAAGCAGCACAAAAAUAUAUUACUGGCUUAGAUGCAAGACGAAUAUCAAAGCUUUCUGAAUUCAGUGAUGCUAGUGAUGACAGUGAAGAUGACUCGGCAGGCAGUUGAUAAGUCGUCGAUAUGUAUGUAGAUUCCAUGUUUUUGGUGUUCAUUUAUACCAUACGAGUUUUUACUCGAGGCUGAGCAACGAGCAAUUACCAUCUACAUUUUUGUAUUCAUAGGAAAAGCUACAUUACCCGUUUUGUUUGAAUGGGGUCGUUGUGAGUUGUAAUCUUGACGUGUUGGAUUUCACAGUUUUGUUUUUUGAAGAAUGCCGCGGUUAGUGAAGAAUUUAAUGGAUCUGUUCAUUUUAACUUAAUACAAUAUGAGUUUUUUAAUGUGGAACGUGUUA